UUCCAAACUUUGCUACAGUUAUCUGUGUGGGCUAAGUGUGGUGUUUUGUUUUUUUUGCAUUUUAGCUUGGAGAAUAUUGCUGUCUUGAUGUCAGCAAUAAAAAUGAACCCCUUUGUGUGCACCGUCAAAGUUGAUCCAUUGUAGGGUUACCCUGAUUUUGAGUGGGAGAGGUGGUUAGGUAAAUUGUUGCAGUUCACCUAACAAACAUGGGUUGCAGAUGGCUUGUGUGUGAGUCGAAGGGUUAACAAUCCCACGUGAGCAUCAGGCUGAAUUGUGAUGAGAAAGUGUAUUCAUCUAAUAACCUGAGGAUGAAAAUGGAAGUGUGAGGGUUAGCUAAGUUGUAAUUCACCGGCUAAAGCGAUUUACUAUGCCACGCUAAUUCUAACCUGUUCCCUCGUAGAACUUUGGAGAUCUCGACGCAUCAGAUGAGCUAAAUAGACUAGGUCACUUAGAAUAGUCAACCCAGAGCCAUUAUUUAAGGCCUGUAAUAUAAGCUUUCUACUCCACAGUCCUUGUCGUCAUAUGGUACUGCAUGACGAGUAGGUCUGGCCAACUUUUCUUGCAGAUCUAAUUAUUAAAUAUAAUUAUUUCUAGGGUUUGAGGUUAGAGGUUAUACUGUUGCCCUGAAAUCCUUUUUUUGUGUAGUGCUACAAAUCUCAACAUAAGCUAAUUUAUCUUGAGUCAUCGUUCCCACCAACAACAGAAUAGGCGCAGGUUUGGUGUCAGUAGGACUUACAUAAAGCGUGCAUGUAGAGAGAGCUUUUUGUACAAAGUUGUUGUGUAAAUAUAUUUUUAUUUUACAGCUCUCUCUGUAAAAUAGAAAUAUGUUAUCAAGAAAAAUGUGUACCACAAUACCACGGGCCCAUACUAACUGUCCUUAAUUUCUCUCCUACAGCAGUACUGCUUUGCCAGUCCUGUACUGCACUCUGUUAAGGGUGCAGCAACUCAUCCUGUGUAGGUUAUGGGGAACACAGAAAACUGUGCACUUGUCAGUUUGAUCAGGGUCCACUGGCUUAUUUUGGGGCCUGUGAGCGAUCAGAUGCAGCUCAGCUACAACAAAUGUCUGCUUCUAAAAGCCCAUUUAAAAGUCUAUUGCCUAGACAUUUGACAGUAUAUAGAUAUUGCCUGCCUUCUGUCAAUAGUUAGCUCUGUUCUGAAAAGGAAGUCAAGGUCUUAAUGAUGCUUCAGCAACAGCCACUGCUGUGAUGAGUCAGUCUCUCUGGCAUUUCGUUUCUCCAAAUUCACAUGGGCUCAAUUUUAUAUUUUGCCUUUUUAAUAUAAUAUUUAAAGGUAAAAGUAACUGUACUGUGGUAAUGUCAUUCUUUUACAUAACUUCAAAAUCUUGACUUCAUUUUUAUCUGCUAGUGAAAGUAUUUGGGGAUCUGGACCACAGGGUCGUACAUGUUUCCUGUUUUAAUUUCUAGUUUUGUGGUUAUGGCCAAAGAAGAUACUGUUGUCUUUUUUUUAUUUCAUUUUUUUGAGUGCCGUUAAUUAGUGCAACACAGGUGGUAUGCUGUUGUGUGUGAGUUCAAACCCUUUUCCAAAGUGUUACUAAUGGUAAAGAGAAAUUUUCUAGGCUUCUUAUCUGCCGGUUGAAGUCUGACUGCAGAAGGACCCUUGGCACUGAAAGUGGGGCAAAACACCGGAUCCCAAGCUGCAGGUCAGGUCGUAUGUGGACGUCAUGUUGGAGCAGAAUCUGUCUAAAGAAGAGAGAGAGAUUCGUCAGCAGCUGGCAGAGAAGGCUAAGUCAGGGGACCUGAAAGCUGUCAACGGGUCUGCUGCCAGCCAACCAAAGCGCAAGCGUCGCUGGGACCAGACAGCUGACCAAACCCCCUCCAAUGCUACACCAAAAAAGAUGUCCAGCUGGGACCAGGCAGAUUCUAGUGCUGAGACUCCAGGGCACACACCUGCACACACACCCUCCAACAGCCGAUGGGACGAAACCCCUGGUCGCCCUAAAGGCAGUGAGACCCCAGGAGCCACUCCCAGCACCCGCAUGUGGGACCCCACUCCUAGCCACACACCAGCUGGAGCUGCCACACCAGGAAGAGACACACCUGGACAUGCCACACCUGGCCAUGGUGGCGCCACAGGCAGUGUGCGCAAGAACCGCUGGGACGAAACCCCAAAGACAGAGAGAGAGACGCCAGGACAUGGGAGUGGCUGGGCUGAGACGCCACGCACAGACAGAGGAGAUGAAUCAGUGGGUGAGACUCCAACCCCAGGAGCCAGCAAGAGGAAGUCUCGGUGGGAUGAAACGCCUGCCAGUCAAAUGGGAAACUCUACACCACUACUUACCCCUGGAAAAACUCCGAUUGGAACUCCAGCAAUGAACAUGGCGACUCCAACUCCAGGUCACCUGAUGAGCAUGACUCCAGAGCAACUGCAGGCGUGGCGAUGGGAGAGAGAAAUCGAUGAGCGAAACCGGCCUCUCACAGACGAGGAGCUUGAUGCCAUGUUUCCAGAAGGAUACAAGGUGUUGCCUCCACCAGCAGGCUACGUGCCCAUCCGUACUCCAGCUCGUAAGCUGUCGGCGACGCCCACUCCUAUUGGAGGCAUGACAGGCUUCCACAUGCAGGCAGAGGACCGCACCACCAAGCAGAUGAAUGACCAGCCCUCUGGAAACCUCCCCUUCCUCAAACCUGAUGACAUCCAGUAUUUUGACAAAUUACUGGUGGAGGUGGACGAGUCCACCCUGAGCCCUGAGGAGCAAAAGGAGAGGAAAAUCAUGAAGCUGCUCCUGAAGAUUAAAAAUGGAACCCCACCUAUGCGGAAGGCUGCGCUGCGUCAGAUCACGGACAAGGCUCGUGAAUUCGGAGCAGGUCCUCUGUUCAACCAGAUCUUGCCACUGCUUAUGUCUCCCACUCUGGAGGACCAGGAGCGUCACCUUCUGGUUAAAGUCAUUGACCGCAUUCUCUACAAACUUGAUGACUUGGUCCGACCAUAUGUCCACAAGAUCCUGGUGGUUAUCGAGCCCCUUCUGAUUGAUGAGGACUAUUAUGCCAGAGUAGAGGGAAGAGAGAUCAUCUCUAACCUGGCAAAGGCUGCUGGUUUGGCUACAAUGAUUUCCACAAUGCGACCUGAUAUUGACAACAUGGACGAGUAUGUCAGAAACACCACAGCUCGAGCUUUUGCUGUGGUGGCCUCUGCCCUUGGUAUCCCCUCUCUCCUGCCCUUCCUCAAAGCUGUGUGUAAGAGCAAGAAGUCCUGGCAGGCCCGACACACAGGCAUCAAGAUUGUACAGCAGAUUGCUAUCCUUAUGGGCUGUGCCAUUCUGCCCCACCUCCGCAGCUUGGUGGAGAUCAUCGAACAUGGUCUGGUAGAUGAGCAGCAGAAGGUUAGGACCAUCAGUGCCCUGGCUAUAGCUGCUCUUGCUGAAGCUGCUACUCCCUAUGGUAUUGAGUCUUUCGAUUCAGUCCUUAAGCCACUGUGGAAGGGUAUUCGACAGCACAGAGGAAAGGGUCUGGCUGCUUUCCUCAAAGCUAUUGGUUACCUAAUCCCACUGAUGGAUGCUGAGUAUGCAAACUACUACACCAGGGAGGUGAUGCUGAUCCUCAUCAGAGAGUUCCAGUCCCCUGAUGAAGAGAUGAAAAAGAUUGUACUCAAGGUGGUGAAGCAGUGUUGUGGCACUGAUGGUGUAGAAGCCAACUACAUCAAGACUGAGAUCCUGCCCCCCUUUUUCAAACACUUUUGGCAGCAUAGGAUGGCUCUGGACAGACGUAACUACAGACAGUUGGUGGACACCACAGUGGAGUUGGCCAACAAGGUGGGAGCAGCAGAGAUCAUUUCCCGUAUUGUAGAUGACCUGAAAGACGAGGCCGAGCAGUACAGAAAGAUGGUGAUGGAAACGAUUGAGAAGAUCAUGGGAAAUCUGGGUGCAGCUGACAUCGACCACAAGCUGGAGGAGCAGUUGAUCGACGGUAUCCUGUACGCCUUCCAGGAGCAGACCACAGAGGACUCUGUGAUGCUGAACGGCUUUGGCACAGUGGUCAAUGCCCUCGGGAAGCGUGUGAAACCCUACCUGCCUCAGAUCUGUGGUACGGUGCUGUGGCGUCUGAACAACAAGUCGGCCAAAGUCCGCCAGCAGGCAGCGGAUCUGAUUUCCCGAACGGCUGUGGUCAUGAAGACCUGUCAGGAGGAGAAGCUGAUGGGUCACUUGGGCGUGGUGCUGUACGAGUACCUGGGGGAGGAGUACCCCGAAGUGCUGGGGAGCAUCCUAGGAGCACUGAAGGCCAUUGUUAAUGUCAUCGGUAUGCACAAGAUGACGCCACCAAUCAAAGACCUGCUUCCUCGUUUAACUCCCAUCCUGAAGAACAGGCACGAGAAAGUGCAGGAGAACUGCAUCGAUCUGGUGGGAAGGAUCGCUGACAGGGGAGCUGAAUAUGUGUCAGCAAGAGAGUGGAUGAGGAUUUGUUUUGAACUGCUGGAGCUGUUAAAGGCUCACAAAAAGGCGAUUCGCAGAGCCACCGUCAACACCUUUGGUUAUAUCGCCAAAGCCAUCGGUCCCCAUGACGUCUUGGCCACGCUGCUCAAUAAUCUGAAGGUCCAGGAGCGUCAGAACCGAGUCUGCACAACUGUGGCCAUCGCCAUUGUCGCAGAGACCUGUUCUCCGUUCACAGUGCUGCCGGCGCUCAUGAACGAGUACCGCGUGCCAGAGCUCAACGUGCAGAACGGCGUGCUCAAGUCCCUGUCCUUCCUGUUUGAGUACAUCGGCGAGAUGGGCAAAGAUUACAUCUACGCUGUGACUCCGCUGCUGGAGGAUGCGCUCAUGGACAGAGACCUGGUCCACAGGCAGACGGCCAGUGCAGUGGUUCAGCACAUGUCUCUGGGCGUCUACGGGUUCGGCUGCGAAGACUCGCUGAACCAUCUACUUAACUACGUGUGGCCCAACGUGUUCGAAACAUCGCCCCAUGUCAUUCAGGCGGUGAUGGGGGCUCUGGAGGGGCUGAGGGUGGCCAUCGGGCCGUGCCGCAUGCUGCAGUACUGCUUACAGGGUUUGUUCCAUCCUGCCAGGAAGGUGAGAGACGUCUACUGGAAGAUUUACAACUCCAUCUACAUCGGCUCACAGGACGCCCUCAUCGCCCACUACCCACAGGUCUACAACGACGAGAAGAACAUGUACGUCCGCUACGAGCUGGACUACGUCUUGUAAAUAAAAUCUUCGUGCCCCUUUUCCCCCUCUAUCGAUCUCUCCGUCUCCAUGUGUCUCGGCGUAGGACCGAGUUGGUUUUUAUUUAGCAACUGUAUGUUGAUCUUUGUAAACCGUCAAAUGACUCUGAAUUAAAAUUGAGCUGAUUAGGAAAAUGGAAGAAGAAUUGUGUAAAGUCUGUAUUUUCUUAUUUCUCCAUUUUUUUUUUUUUUUUUUUUUGUGUUCCCUGGAAUGAAUGGUCGAGGUCGGACGAGCCUUUAAUUGAAGAAUGCAGCGCAGUCGUCAAUAUUUUAAACAUUCAGCUCUGUGUUGACGGGCCUCUGUAGCAGCUGUACUCACCCUCCAUGUUUCACACCACCUCCGUUCUUAGCUGGUUGCUUUAUUUAACCAAAUAAAAUGUUUGUGUAUAAAAA